AGUCGAGGUACCCUUAAAUCGCGUGUGUGUGUGUGUGUGUGUAGUCUGAAGUGUCAAAUAGGGACUGGUUUGUGUAGUCGUGGUAGAGGAUUUUUCCUAGCGUCAUUCAAGAUGGCAGAUUCAGCGUUGGAAUCAGCAAAGAUUGUGACUCUUUCGUAUCAAUCCAAAGUUAAAGACAACGAUGAAAACGAAAGUUCUUCUACUACUAACGUGAAAACCCCUGCUUGUGGCAGCUUGCAUCCAUCGUCACCCAGUCGAAUAAUGGAUGGUGUGGCAACGGGCAACGUGCCGUUAGACAACCAAGCGGCCUCUACAACAAAGAAAACAGCGGAUUCUGACAAGAAGAAAAAGAGUAAGAUGGCCGAUGAGGCUAGAAGCAAUUCACGGGCGUAUGAAGCAAUCCGACUGACUAGUGGUGGUGAAACUCGAGAAAUGUCUGUUAACGAACAUUUUGAUGGUCAACAACGUCGGUCACUCAUAACAUCGGCUCUCGUCAAUGAUGAAAAGAAACGUCGGCGCUCAGAUAGAUACGACAGUUCAGAAAGUUCAGACAGUGGAGUGGCAUCUCUGACUUGCUCUGACGCGUCUUCUUGGAGUAGCAGCAGUGACAUCACAGAACCAGUUUCGCCCGCUUCACCCUCUUCAUCGCAAUCAAGCCCAAUCAGUCCAACAUUGCUGGACAAUAGUGCUACCAACCAUUGUUUAGCAAUCAAUUCGACCCGAAAAGAACAAAAAACCGAUUCAAAAAAGAAAUGUCGUCUCAACGGUGUUCACGAUAAGCAGUUAGGGAGCACCUCUGUGUCGGUAUUGUCGCCAUUUCCCUGUAUCACUAGCCAAAAGAGGUGUCGCCGACAUAGCGAUUCUACGUCGACAGAAAUGUCUCGUUAUCACAAGUCAGAUGGCCCUUAUGCCCAAGAGCGUGGCAAGCGUGCCCGUCAUUCAUCUGGAGAAUCAAUUUCCAACUGCAACUCAUUUGCAAAUAUCAAAGAGAGACCCAGUACAGACGUAGGCGACUUGGCAGCUAAACAGAAAUGGUUCGCUUUACUAUGGAGGAAAAAUGGAAGCAAUGCUUUAAGUGAAGAGAAAAAUCAAAGUUUUAAGCAACUGAAUUCGUCUAAUCAGCGCCAAUCCUGGCCACUAGCUAAACACCUUCAACAGAAAAGUGGCCAGUUGAAGAUCACGGAAUUCUUCUCAUCUCAAGUGAAACAGCAUUGGAAUUAUACUAGGUUUUCAGAUGUAGAUAACAAGGACGUCAAACUUCCAAUUUGUCUCAGCAAUUCCAAUUGGCGUCUACCAGCAUCACGAGUAGCCAUCGUUUCUGUUGCACAGGUGGACCACCACAGUGACGACGUUUCUUUCAACCCGCGGUCUCUCCCGGAAAAUACAGGAUUUGAAAGGUCGGUGCCUGCCACUAGACCCUCCCCUGAUUGCGGUUUCCCCGCUAAGGCCCCUGGGCCUGUUCCGAUUCGUUUCCCGAUCGAUCAGGUCACUUCGUGCCAUAAAAACGGUCUCUCACUGCCUAUUGGUGUAAGUGUAUUGCAGUGUCUUUGGCAGCACUGUAAAUCCAGACUGACGUCAGGCCAAUCGCUUCUCGAGCACAUUCAAAAUGUUCACGUUGUUUCUCAAUCUGCAAGACCAGUUUCAUUGUCGUUAUUGUCUGGCUCUGAUGCUGCUGCAGAAACUGCUGGUGGUGUUACAAGUUGCGAUGAACUGUAUUCUUGCCAAUGGGAAGGCUGCAAAGUUCAGGGCAGAACUUCUUCGUCGAGAGCAUGGCUUGAAAGGCAUGUCCUGUUGCACGGAGGUCACAAGCCAUUUCGCUGUAUCGUUGAUUUAUGUGAGCAACGGUUUAAUUCACAGGCUGCUCUUCAACGUCACGUCAAUGCACAUUUCAACCAGGAAGCUGGUCAAAGCAGUAAUGGUCAUGGUAUCAAACGUGAUAGUGCCCCAGCUAAAAUUAUGCGUCGCAAUUCUAAGAAGCUCAAACACCGUCGAAAUAAAGUUGCACCAGCUCGUUUGUUCGACUUUUUCGACUCCGGAGUUAUGGAACGCUUACGUCAUCAGUUGAUAAAUUCCCAAGUGACCCAAAAUCGAGUUGGUGUUUCUUGUAUAACCAAUGAUCUCAUUGUUCGCAGCCAGAUAAUUGCCCGACGCUUGGAUGCAAAUGGAAAAUCAAGAGUUCUCUUACGAUGGAUUCCCGAAGAUGUGUUACCUGAUCAAUGGGUGCUGGAAGAAGAAGUGGUUACGCAUAAAACGGUUGCUGUGCGCAACCUAAGUAGCGCUGUUCAGAUAGAAUUGCAGAAAUUGUUGAUCCGACCAGCAAUAUCAAAAGAAAAUGAAUCGAAACACCGUCGCAAAAGAUAGUCUGUUUUUCUUUUUCUUACUUCAUGUCAACUCAAGCGCUUUUACUUGUACUAUAUCUUCGUUUCCCCCCCGAGAGAUGAAUGUGUCCGAUUUUGAAGCUACCGUUAUUAUGUAUCUGACUUAUCUGGGUAUUACUUUUUGUUUCACUGACGUUGACGUCCCCUCAAAUGACAAAAGACAUCCAAAAUUUUCCGAAGCGUCGCAGCUUGCACACUCUAAUGCUAAUUUUGAGGAGCCUUUUUCCGAUAAAGAUAAUAAGGGAAAACAGGGUUAUUCCAGCC